AUGGCACUUACAGAAACUGCAAAAAAAGCUUUAUGGAUGAAGGAGACUUUACGUGAGCUUAGCCUUCUGUACCACAGUGAGACUAUAAACAUUGUGUGUGAUAACAAGGGAGAAAUUGAUUUGUCUUCCAGCACCAAGCAUUAUGGACGGUCCAAACACAUUGCCAUUAAACAUCAGUUUAUUCGUGAGUUAGUGGAAAACAAGUCUGUCAAUGUGGAUUACAUAGCAAGAUUUUCAUUUCCCACAUCUCAACAGCCUAACAGCGCAGUCAUCAACAUCUUAAUGCUACAAGACAACUCUAUUAACUUCCAUUCAGCUAUGUCCCCUGAGACUUCAGCCUACCUACCUAUCAGAGGCGUCGGAACUGGGGGGGCAAGGGGGCAGCUCGCCCCCCCCAAACAUAGAGAGGCGCCGAUCAGGAUAGAGGAGGAGCGGAGGAGCGAUGUGCGGUCAGGUGAAAGACCGCACAUUACAUCCUCCGCUCCGUGUAGUGAACAUCCCGCGCCCAGUGCGGACCCCUCCCCCGUCAUUUUCAGGCAUUUUUUUGUUUGUUAUAGCUGCCGCUGCGCUGCUAGUCACACAGCAGCAGCAGCAGCAGCAGCAGCAUCCCUGCAGCCAGAGGAGCUCCGCCUCCUUGAGUUCUGCUCUGCGAGGUGCGAGCAUCCCGGCCGUCAGCUUGAGGGAGGAGGGGAUCUCUCCGCGCGCGAUGGAUGCAGCCGAUCCGAUGGCGGAUCUACUGAGCCUGGAGCCGGACAGCGUACCCAAAAAACCCAAAAACAAAUCUUGGCUUUCAAUCCCAUGGAUAAGUGGAUAAGACUGCUUCCAGUAAAGAGGUUUUUAUUUAUACGUUGUAUUCUAUAUCUGGAUAUACUGGAAUUUUCCUGUUUAUGUGCAACUGAGGUGUCAAUUCUGAAUGAAGUUGUGUGUCUGCCACUAAACCACAGAGAAGAUCGCAGAUGAGACCAGAGAGCAGACCUCAGUAACAAGUGGAUGCAGCGAAGCAGCAGUCAAAGUGUACUACAGACAAUGGACUGUGACUUUAUUCACACAGAAAUUGGUUUUAAUUUAAACAUGUAAAAAUGAUCCAGAUGAAGCACGAUAGAACUUGGCAUAACUCAAUCAGCAUGACAGAGUGAUCUCCACCCGUGUCUUCGUCAACAUCUCACCUGUGUUAAUGAGAGAAUCACUGACAUGAUGUCUGCUGGUCCUUUUGUGGCAGAGCCGAACUGCAUUGGAAAUGUUGUUUUUGGAAUUAAGUUCAUUGUGAUGGCAAAGAGGGACUUGACAAUUAAUUGCAAUUCAUCUGAUCACUAUUCAUGACAUUCUAGAGUAUGUGCAACUUGCCAUCAUAAAAACUGAGGCAGCAAUUUUUGUGAAUACCAAUAUUUGUGUAAUUCUAAAAACUUUUGGCCAUGGCUGUAAGAUCAUAUCCAAUAAAUAUACA